GUAUCGGCCACACUUGAGUCACCGAGGCUUGGAUUGCAAAUCAGCAACCGCGGCAGCAGAUUUGACGUCGAUGCUGCACUGUCCUGACCAUGUCCUGCACAAUCAACCUUGAUGGUCAUGCAAGUUCGGUGACGGCGGCGGACUACACACCACCAUGACUCGAUUGCCAGACUUCGAGACAACGUUUGCCGUCCCACUUAGCUGUGAGGAAUGCAUUAAGGAUGUCUCGACUUCGUUAUAUAAACUGAACGGCAUCUCCAACGUCUCGGCCGAUCUUAAGUCGCAACUCAUCUCCAUAACCGGCAAUGCACCACCUUCAGCCAUCGUAACCGCUAUUCAAGACACAGGCCGCGAUGCUAUUCUACGAGGCUCAGGCAGGGCCGAAAGCGCCGCCGUCUGUAUCCUGGAAACUCACUCCACAUCCGUCCAAGACCACGUGCGAGGUCUUGUCCGGAUGGUGCAGGUCGCACCCAGCAUGACUCUAUUGGACGUAACGCUCCGAGGAGUCAGCCCGGGUAGUUACAACGUCACCAUCCGGGAAGCCGGCGACAUCAGCCAGGGCGCAGCUUCGACCGGCCGUAUUUGGGACUUGCUGCAAUCAAAGCAGACGUCGCCACCUCGGCCCGCGAAAGGCGUGUUGGGCACGCUCGAAGUCGGUCAAUCUGGUCUCGGAUCUGUCUUCCUUGACAAGCCGUUGCAGAUAUGGGAGCUGAUCGGGAGGUCCAUCGUGGUGAGUCGCCGGCAAGACAACUUCGACCGUGAGGAUCCUGACACGCUGGUCGGCGUGGUUGCGAGAAGUGCGGGUGUAUGGGAUAAUGACAAGACGGUAUGUAGUUGCAGUGGGAAGACGGUUUGGGAGGAGAGGAAGGAGCAGACUGCGAAGGGUAUGCUGUAGUGAUAAGGAUUGACACGAAUCAGAACUUGUGGUGCCCACACCCUCGUAGUUUCGACUAGGAUCCGGCGUUGAGGCAGCCGGCCGUUCCAUGACAUAUAUCGCGAUGAAGAAUCGUUCAGUAGGUCUGCACAGAAGGACAACUAUACGAACUUAUCCCUGACAAUGUCGAAAUUGUUAAAGAUCCCUUUCGGAAACCAUGUUUGCCAGUUUUGACUGCAGCCAAAAGGCUCGUAAGCGCGAUCUUUCAACAGGUAGACAACUUUGCCUGGUUUUGACGAUGGAUACAGACGUCCAGCCAGACUUCACAGCGCGUACCUGUUGAAGCACGCGACGUGGUUGUCAAACAGUACCUCGACGCGCUAGU